CUCAGUGGACACCGGCGCUUCGGAUAGCAAGGAGAAGAGGUCGGGCCAGAGACCGCGCUUGCAGGGUCCGCCGGCGUGGGUGGUAGCCCGCUGGUAGCUGCCGCUGGCAACGGACGCCGAGGGCCCACCUCGACAACGCCAAGCGCCGCACGCAAGCCUACGCCACCAGCUAUGGCCCCGCUCGCUAUCUGCUUGGUGUGGGCGUGGCUGCUGGCGGCCGCCCCCGCCGCCUCCGCGGUGUGGGUGCGCCUCCCCGACGGCAGCCGGCUGCUGGGCGCCGCCACCUCCACCGCCAGGACGGGACGGCCGGUGUACGAGUUCCGCGGCGUGCGGUACGCCUCCGCGCCCUCCAGCGAGCGCUUCAAGCACUCGCAGCCGGUGGGUCCCCUGGGCGAGUACAACGCGACGCAGUUCGCGCCGCCCUGCCCGCCGGCCUUCAGCUGGUCCAACGACUGGUUCACCGACCCCGACCCGGAAGUUCUCGCCAACCUGCGGCAGCCCGCAGAGGACGAGGACCAAGAGGACUGCCUCUUCCUCAACGUCUUCACGCCCACGCUGGACCCCGGGGCGCGGAUGGCGGUGCUGGUGCACAUCCACGGCGGCUCCUACAUCGCGGGGUCGCCGCUGCUGGCGCGGCCCGGCUUCAUGCUGGAGCACGACCUGCUGCUCGUCACCGUCCAGUACCGCCUCUUCGUGCCAGGCUUCCUGUACGUGGGCACGGACGACGCGCCGGGCAACAUGGGCCUGCUGGACAUGACGACGGCGCUCAGCUGGGUGCAGCAGAACAUCGCCAGCUUCGGCGGCGACCCCGGCCGCGUCACCAUCUCCGGGGGCAGCGCGGGGGCGGCCGCCGUCGAACUGCUCGCCUACAGCCCCAUCGCCUCGCAGCUGUUCCACCAAGUGCUGCCGAUGAGCGGGUCUGCGCACGCGGCGUGGGCCAUGGAGAAGCCCGAGGACGCCUUCAGGGCGGCGAAGAACAUCGCGCGCCUCGCGGGCUGCAACUCGACCAGACCCGAGGAGAUGGUCGGCUGUCUGCGCUCCGUCCCCAUCGCAAAUCUCUCCGAUAUUUACAUGGAACACGCAAUGUCGUUCUGGGACAACGACGUGGACACGCUGGUGGGCGUGACGCCGGUGGUGCAGGACAGGCGGCUGCGCUCCCCCGCCGUGCUGCCCGCCUCGCCGCGGGAGCUGUGCGCGCCCUGGAGCGCCUACCGAGGGCGGCCCAUGAUGGUCGGCGUCACCAAGCACGACGGACACUUCUUCGUCGGCCAUGGCCUUCACGUAUGGAUGAACUCAAAUGUGACGGAGAGAGAGCGGCUGUACCGGAUGCAGUCCUUCCUAAUGGAGAGCCUGAAAACUGAGUACGACCCGGUGAUCGCGGACGCCCUGUAUGAGAAGUACCUGAACGGAUAUAACAGGACCGAGGACAUAUUCAUCGCCCUGACGGACUUCAUCGGUGCGGCUAAAUUUAAAGGUCCCAUGAUAAAGUCAGCCAACUGCAACACAAACCACGGUGGAAAGACGUAUGUGUACACGCUAAAUCAUGUGGGCCAUUUCCCCAAUCAAGCUGUCGAACAUGGUAUGGAUGUGCUGUACCUUUCACCCAGGUCGGACUUCAGGCUGUCUGAAGAAGAUGAAAAGGUUUCGAGGAGGCUCGUUCAUCUGCACGCGAACUUCAUCAUGUAUGGGGACCCGACGCCGAACACGAGCCGGGUGGACGGUGUGCCGCAGUGGCCGCCGUACGAACCACGGGGCGGUCCCUACCUGCGCGUCGACUGGCCGUUCCGCGUGCAGCGCGACUUCGAGGCGCGCGAGUUCAACGUGACUCGCGCCGAGGGCAUCGGCAGGUCCGGCAGCCGCCGCGCCGGCGCCACCGUCGCCGUGCUCCUGCUGUGCGGGGUGCUGCGGCAGCUCCUCUCGCGGUGACCGACGCAACGCAGACAAUGGGGCGGCUCUGCUGCCCGCCACCAUUCGCAAGUCUCGCAGUGUCUGGUGACGGAGAUCCACAGCAGCGAGUGACGUGAAGGCUCAGUCAGCAGUGGCGUCGUGAGCUAUAGUUAGCGCCAGAGAGCUCAGUACUAAACUGGAAAGACUACUCCACGGGGAGAUGCCAUUACGCACGACGUCAACGUGCAUCCUUCCACACCUACAAAACCUAGAUCCUACCUAUGCCAAUGUUGCACAGAUGUCCACUCCACCAAAGCUAUGUCACUCCAUCCAAAUCAUUAAACACGACAGACUCCACCUCACUUUCCUCAUCCCUUUACCUUUUCCGUGAGUCCAUUUACCAUCUCACUGAAUUCCCACUCUCCUCACAUUGAACACUGACUACUACUAUCUGCAAACUUAUCUCUAACAACUGUAUUGAGUAGCCUAUAAUUUCCAAUCCCAAUACGCUGUCACUCCCGUGCCAAAAAUUUGAGUCGACUACCUCUCCUAGAGAAUGACCGAGUGAGAUAGCACAGCGAUAAAACACAGGACUCGUAUGCGGGGGAACGGCAGUUUGUUCCCUCAUCUAACAUCCAGAUUUAGGUUUUGCAUGAUUUCCCUAAAGCACUUAAAGCGAAAGGCAGGAUGGUUCCUUUGACAGGGCAGUGCUGAUAUCCUUAGUCUGAGCUUGCAUUCCACCUCUUAUUACCUCAUUCUUGACAGGACUUCAAGUCAUAAUCUCUUCCCAGACAAUGAAACUCACUCCAGUAGUUAUCCAUCCUACUAACUAAAACUCUUUCCCUCCUACAGCAUACACCCAGCUCUUCACCCCCCCCCCCCCUCUUCCUCCCAGGUGUAGCUUCCCCUUCACUCACCAUCUUUCCCUAUCCCUUCCUGCUCAUACUGUGGGACAGUCCACACACCAACUCCUACUCCCUUUCUGUCUCCCCACCAUCCACUCGAACACCUAUUCACAUCUCUGUCCACCUGAUUCCUCUACUUAUACCCACAUCUUAAAACACUACAGAACACCUUACAUUCCCAUCCAUUAAACACAUUUCUCCAGUGCAGCUCCUUCAUUUUUAGUGAAAGCACAGUGCUUCUUUUUAAGAUCAAGAGCAGUCUGCCAAGUCUUUAAAUAUCUUUUCAUUGUAUCUCAUAGUUUUUUAAUAUAAAGCAAAAAUUGGGAAAGUUUACAGUGAAAUUCAUGCAUGAACCACUAUCCAAAUUCUUCUUUAAUUAAUUUUAAAAACAUUUGUAAAUAUUUCACCUGUGUAUUAUACUGUUUCUUCUUUAUAUGUUUUUAAACUUUUUGGUUGGAGAGAGGCAUGAUGGCAGUGAAUUUGAUAACAAUAAGCCAAAAAGCCAUGACUUCACAACUGCCAAGAUGGGUCUAGACAAGUUGUUGAAUUCUGUUGACAGACGUGAGAAAUGCAAUAACUAUUUACUGAUACUAUGCAACAAUGUCCCUGUUUAAUUUCUAGUUCACUGUUAAUAUUGAUUUGUAUCUGCCAGUUCUCCUCUGCAAGAUCAGUUUCACAACUGUUAUGUUCCAUUGUCAGAUGUAAUUUUCAUUAUAUUGCUGAAGAUCUACUGUAAUCACCUCCUCAGAAAUCUUACUUCUGUACAAGAGAGGUUAGCUUCCACUUUACAUAUCGGAGCCACGAGACAGCAUAUCAAUACCAAAUGGGGGAAGCAGUAACAUCAUAACUUUUUCAUAUGAUUAUUUCACCAAAGGAUUUGUGAAGAUUCAAUAAAUCAUUUUAAUGUGGCCACUUUUGGAUCCUGAUAGUCUUUUCUGAUGGAAACAUUUCUCUCUCUAUGCCUACAAAAAAUAUCUUUAUAUGUCAUUAGGCAACAUAACUACUUAAUCAUUGAUUAUUUUUCAGUGCCUACUUUAUACGUAAUCCUAAAUAAUCAACCUAAAUAAUAAAUCAAACUAGUUGCAAACAAUGAAAAAUGCUUUGAUGUUAAUACAAUAACAGAUCCAAAGGUCUUAGGUUCAGUCCUCAGUUAUUCCUACAAUUUUUACUCGUAACAUACCAUUUCCUUCAUCUUUGGCAGUAUUUUUAAUGCAAAAAAUGCCUAGUUGUAGUGUCGUUCGGAGACCAUGUUAAGCUGUAGAUCCCUCUGUAACUGGUUGGGUCAAUCUGUUCUUAGGUCAGAGGCAGACAAUGGUGCAUAACCACCAGUAGGAACAUGCCUAAUAAAGUACUGUGGUGUUAAAACCACACUUUGGUUGAUAAGAGCUGGGGACAGGUUGAGAAGGACAAAGGAGGGGAUGGACAGUGUGAGGCACAGGACAAACAAAAGGAGGGAGGGCUGGGAGAUGCAUUAGGAAGGUGAAAGGUGUAGAUGGGUAGUGAGCAGGUGGAAAAGAAGUGGAGGAGAGGUGCUGAUGGAAAGAGAGAGGGACAGAAGGAUAUGAUCAGAAGGAGGGAGGAGAAAGAUAUGGUCAGAGAGGGAGAGGGAGAGAGAGAAAGAAUGUAGGAAAUACACACAGAGAGAGAGAGAGAGAGAGAGAGAGAGAGAGAGAGAGAGAGAGAGAGAGAGAGAAACACAUUUUCUUCCUGUUUCUCUGUCUCUUUUUCUUUUUUCAUUGCAAAACAUAACCAAUUACAACUCUGUGUCAAACAUUGGCAAAUGUAAUUACCUAGUCUGACUGAUUUUCUGUUGCAAAUGGUCGACAAAACUGAAUAAACUAGCUGCAUCAUCAUAUUUCAGCAGCUAUGAAUUAACUGUUGGUUAUUGUACGUAAGUAGCUCUAUUUUACAAAAUGAUCAUUACAAAUUAUGUCAUAUGUAUUUUGAUGGUCUCCAGUAUUUCCUGAGUACAGCAUGAAAAUGGUUUUUAAUUCUUGGUGCAAAUGAGGAUUUCUAAAAAUAUUUUACAUUUCAUAGUAGCAUUAUUUGUUUUUCUCAAAGAUAAUUUUCUAGCAGUUAUAUAGCAUAUGGAACUUCAUUGUAGACAUAAAUAUCACUUACUGUUGUCUGUUGAUUACUGUAUCUAUAUGUUACACCUCUUGACUUUUUAUAUCAAAUUUAAGAGAAACAAUCAUUUGAAAGUUGUUAACACAAACACUGCUAACAACUCCAAAAUGGUCCUCACCAGUAUGACGCAUCCUUAACCUUUUUUUUCUGGAAGAUUACACCUGUGAUUUCUCUCUCCAGUUUAUAUUGAGUUAACUGGUUUCCACAACUGAGCUAAAAAUUCUAGAGACUCGGUUUUCAAUAUGGCAUCAACUGGAAAUAUGUUGUCUGCCGUUACAGUGUGUUAACUUUAAAUUGAUCUGUCAGCUUCCUAGUCCUGAACUGGUAGAAAUUGACAGAAGUUGGAAGUGUUUGGCUGGUAGUCAGCUAUUUUUGGUUGUAGCCAAUGUUAGGUAGCUGACAGUACUGGGUGAGAUAUCCAUUGUUGUCUGCUUGUUAAUUAGUUGUACCUCACACUGUUUCCUUCCCUUGUGAUAAGUGUACAUAACUGUUGAAGUUACGAUCUUAUUAAACAUGUUGAUAUGUAAGACAAUUUCACUUUUGAUUACAAAUAAUAAUUAAGCAAUUUUUACCUUGUUCUCUGACUACUUCUUUCACGGAAGCAUAAAUGACAGGUAGGGAUACUAACAUCAACAGAGGCAGGCAUGGCUCAUUCUCCCCUCAUUGCAGUGUAUACAGGAGCAGGGCUUCUUUUCCUCCACUUUCCACUACCCCCUCAGGCAAUCAAUUACUUUAACAGUUAAUGCCAUAUACUUUAUAGAAGUAAAGCUGCACUAAGGACUAAAUAGGAAGAAUAUAAAUAAAAAAUUUAGUGUUCAAAAAUGGAUGGCAUGCACAAACAACAUGUGAAUGUUAAACACUAUUAUCAACAAUGUUGUUAAUUAUUCUGUGCCAAAUAAGGAGCUACUGGUAUCAUGUUUUAUGCAAAUUUAUAAAAACAGAACUCCAUUCAUUAAUUUUGUCUUUAAGUACUGAAUAAUAAGUACAGAAGGUGUUUAGAUUUUCAUGUCCCAAUAAGAUGGUAAGUCCAAUCAAAAUUAUUGUGCACCUAGCCUACAGAAAGUUGUCUUCAUACUCCGUUUAUGAGCAGAUUGAAAUGCUGUUAUCAGAACUUAGAUAUUCUCCCAGCAGUGUACAACAUGAUCUCAGUCACUGUAGUUCUUUAAUUUUCUCCUCUUUUUAAAAACAAGAGACUGGGACACUACAAACAGUCUUUGUUAUAGGCCAGUGAAUUGUGCUUAUUUAACUGAAAUGUAAUUUAUAUAGGAGCAUGUCUUAUCCACAGGGCAAUGCACAAAUUGAUUGUAAUGAGCCCGUAAGAGGAAUGACAAGUCAGCAAGUUUGUAAAUAAAAGGUCAGAAGAGAA